UAACGAAACGGUGUCAACUGAAAUGACAUAUAUUUAUAACUACGCGGACUGACCGCUGGAAUCAGACCAUCGUUAGCUCUCCGAAGCCAUGAUAUCCGUCAGGGUUGGACAGUUGGCCGUUCUGGUCGUUGCUAUUCUUAUCCAAGAGCACCGCGUUGGCGCGGUUACCUGUAGUUCUGGUUGGUCAAAAUAUGGAGAAAACUGUUACAAGUUGUACACUGCUACCCUGCCAUGGACGGACGCCCUGAAGGCGUGUCAGGCCGUGGGUAGUAGUCUGGUGGACGUAGGCUCAGACGGGGAACAGACCUUUGUACACAAUCUGGCGUCGGGGAAUGAAUUUUGGAUUAGUGGGUCGGACGCUUCCACUGAGGGACAAUGGCUGUGGUACGGGAGCAUCCAGUCCUGGGGGUACACCCAAUGGAACUCGGGCGAGCCCAAUGACUCUGGUGGCGAGGACUGUGCCAGUUUGCUGAACAGUGGACGGUGGAACGAUUACCCAUGUAGCCGAAGCAUGGCCUACAUCUGUGAACAAACAACUGCCUUGGAUGCUUGUGACUCUACCUGGAGUUUCAGGGACGGUAAAUGCUACAAGUUGUUUACGUCAGAGGUCACAUGGUCUAACGCGUUGAAAACCUGUCAGGCCAACUCAGCUAACCUGGUUAACAUUGCUGAUUCCGGGGAAAAUGCAUUUGUUUACGGUUUGCUUCAGGGAAAGAGCGUGUGGAUGGGAGGGUUUGACGGGACGACGGAGGGAUCGUGGGCGUGGUCCGGGGGAGUGUUCACCUGGAGCUACACUAACUGGAAGGCUGGCGAGCCCAACAACUCUGGAGACGAAGAUUGCAACAUGAUGUACGAAAGCGACGGAACAUGGAAUGAUGGAAAUUGUCUGGGAACUCUUCAGUUCGUGUGCGAAAAGAACACACCACCAAUUAAUGGUGGAUGGGCGGGAUUUGGUUCAUACGGCGCAUGCUCCAAAACCUGCGGGGGAGGUACUCAGACGAGGUCAAGGACAUGUACAAACCCCGCCCCUCAGUGGGGAGGAGACAACUGUCCCGGAUCUUCUACUGAGUCCCAGGCCUGUAACACUAAUGCCUGUCCAAUUGACGGUAACUGGGCAAGCUGGGGCAGUUACGAUACAUGUACCGUGACCUGUGGGGGCGGGACCCAGCAGAGGACUCGCACGUGUACAAACCCCGCCCCUCAAUAUGGUGGAGCUGACUGUUCCGGCGCCACUUCCAGUUCACAGUCCUGUAACACCAAUCCUUGCCCAAUUGACGGUCUGUGGGCCUCAUGGGGAUCCUGGGAGACGUGCACGGUGACGUGUGGUGGGGGCACUCAGGACCGAUUCAGGACGUGCACGAACCCUGCUCCUCAGUAUGGCGGCGCCGACUGUGUGGACGUUAAUAACAGUACACAGGACUGUAACACACAAGUUUGUAUCAUUGACGGUUCUUGGGGCUCCUGGGGUCAGUGGGGAACCUGCAGUGUCACGUGCGGUGGAGGCCAAAGGUCAAGGACCAGGAUUUGCGACAAUCCGGCCCCGGCUAAUGGCGGACUGGACUGUCCCGGUGCUUCCAGUGACUAUGGUGACUGUAGCACUGACGCCUGUCCAACAGUAGCGGCCGGUCAAUACCAGCAGCAAUGCCCAUCCGGCUACUUCACCUGCCAGUCCGGCGGAAUGACGUGUAUACAGGAAAUAUACAAGUGUGACUGCUCAUCCGACUGUGACGACGGAAGUGACGAAACAGACACGUACGCCGGAUGUACCAAUGUAGCCGAGUGCCUGCUGAAGAAUGGAGCAGGUAUCAGCGUUGCAUCAAUGAUUGUCUUAAUGACGUCAUUAACUGCAGCUUUGGCGUUCAUCUUGAAUCAAUAAUUGACCUGGAGCAUUUUUUACAG